AUGCUAAAAUAUUUACUGCUAACAUUAACACUAGCGUUCGUUGUCGUGUGUCAAGACGAUAAGCCCAAUAUUGUCGUUAUUAUAACGGACGAUCAAGAUGUUGUGUUGGGUGGUAUGUAUCCCAUGAAGAACGUUCAACGUCUCAUUGGAAAUGAAGGAACGACUUUUACGAACUCUUUCGUUACGUCGCCAGUAUGUUGUCCAAGUCGUGCCAGCUUCCUCACGGGUCUGCACGUACACAAUCACAUGACGUGGAACAACACCAUCGUCGGUGGCUGCUACGGACAAAACUGGAGAAGCAUCGAGACCCAAACCUUCGCUACGAGUCUAUAUAAUGCUGGCUAUAAUACCUUUUAUGCUGGGAAAUAUUUGAAUCGGUAUGCAGACCCUAGCAUUGGAGGCCCUGAAAUUAUACCGCCUGGUUGGAGUGACUGGCACGGCCUAGUCGGCCAAUCGAGGUACUACAACUACACGAUCUCACACAAUGGUGUACCCAUACAUUCGGAUGAUCUCUAUCUUACUGAUAUUAUUCGGGAUUUAGGAACGGACUUUAUUCUAAACCAAACGGAAUCUCAACCGUUUCUUAUGGUUUUGGCGCCGCCAGCACCACACGCGCCCUUCACACCCCCGCCAAGACACCAGGGCGUCUUUAAAAAUGUAACAGCUGUUCAACAUCCGAACUUCAAUGUUGCUGUCAAUGAUAAGCAUUGGAUAAUGAGAAUGCCACCCUCACCUCUGCCCGCUGAAAUGAUACCGGAGUUAGACAGAGUGUACAGCUCCCGGUGGGAAAGCUUGCUGGCUGUCGAUGAAAUGGUCGCAGAUGUCGUCAAAGCAUUGGACUCCAACUCGCUUCUAUCAAAUACUUACUUAAUUUUCACAUCUGACAACGGAUAUCAUAUUGGUCAAUUUUCGCAAGUGUACGACAAACGACAACCGUAUGAGGCUGACAUCCGCGUACCACUUGUUAUACGAGGCCCGAAAGUUCAAAAGAACAAAACAAACGACCAACCAAUCUUGAAUAUAGAUUUGGCGCCGACAAUAAUUGAACUGGCCGGUUUGUCACCACCAAAAAGCAUGGACGGACGACCCAUAAAAUUCGACGCACAAAAUGAGGAGUUAGAAAGAAACAUGCUUGUAGAAUACUAUGGGGAAGGAGAAGAUACUACCGUGGAUCCAAGCUGCCCUUGGAGCUACGACCGUGAAAACCUUGCUCAAUGCUCCCCGGCAUACGAAUGUAAAUGUCAAGACUCGAGAAAUAACACAUAUGGAUGCGUACGACAAAUAUCUAGGAAUAUUAACAAGAAAUUUUGCAGUUUUGCCGAUUCUGAGAAUUUCACAGAAAUGUACGACUUAAACAGUGAUCCGUAUGAACUGACGAACAUCAUCAACCAGACGUUGCCUUCGGUGAAGUAUUGGUACCAGAACUUACUGUCACAAUUACUGACGUGUAAGGGUCACCAAAACUGUGACAUUCCAGUCGAAAAUCCGAAAAUAUAUUGA